CUCCUCACUUCUUCACCGGAUCCCGAACAGUUCGCGUCGCUUCGUCGUUCGAUGAUAAUUGUCGGUCAAUUUUUUUUUUUCCCCGUUUUUCGUUGAUUUUUCUUAUCUUAAUCCGUAAGUUUCACCGAUGUUGAAUCGUUGUUGCAACGCGUGCGGUCAAAUAUACAACGGUAAUUUAUGAACCAGUUCAUCGUGCUCACUGACUGAUUGUGAGAUAGUUCCAUUCGACUAGGCGACCCUCGCUACGGUUGCCGACGAUCGUCAUCAUCGUCGUCGACUUUCGGUCGGACCAGUGAUCUGUGAUCGUUUCGUUGAAACGGGUACCUCUUCUGUGUUAUUGUGGAUAUAUACGCUUCGGUAUUACAGUGUGGACAAAUGGUUGUGCUUGAAGAAAGCGGCAUGUUGACCUCCGGACAUAAUCAGUAUCUUCAACCGGAUUACCUUUCCCCCCUACCUACAACGCUGGACGCCAAGAAGAGCCCCCUGGCUCUGCUGGCGCAGACGUGCAGUCAGAUCGGUGCGGACUCACCGACGAAACCGAUGAUCUCUCCACUGGACAAGCCGUCGAAGGGAAUCUCAGCGUCGAGCACGCGUUCUCCACCGGCGGUAAAACUCGAAAGAACGCGAUGCAGCCCGCAGGAAUCCAAGCCACUUGGCUUCAAGCCUUACGAGACUAACGUCGUGACAAAGAAGUCGUCCUCGUCCUCCUCGUCAUCCGAGGACGGUCGGCCGGGUUCGAAGGCGAGUGUGCACAGUGCGAGUGGGCAGGAUAACAGUGCGAUAGUGUGUGAAAGUACGACGCCAAGCAGCGGGGACAAGAAGUCAUCGUCCUCCGGAAGCGGGACGCCGUUGAGCAGAAAAUCAGCAUCACCGCCGACGGGCGGCGGGCGAAAGACGCCCGGCGAUGCCCGCGACAAGACGAACUCUUCGCCGCACGGCCAAGCCGCCUCCGGAGCCAGCCCCAUAAUCCGAUCCGGCAUGGAGAUCCUCUCCGGCCAUCAGAAGGACUCGGCCGCCGCGCUGAGCGCCUACAAGCACUCCGGCUUCGGGGGCAGCGCGCUGUGCUGCCCCCCGGGCCUCGCUGAGAAUCCCGCCUUCCGUCCGCCCUUCGCCGGCGCCUCGCCCUUCUCCCAUCACCACGCCGCAGCCGCCGCGCUGCUCGGCUAUCCGGGCCCGACGCCAGGCUCGGGGGCCGGAAGCCCUUACCUGAGCUACGCACGGGUAAAAACACCGGCCGGUGGCGAGGCGCUGGUCCCCGUUUGCAAGGACCCAUACUGCACCGGGUGUCAGUACAGCAUGCACAACGCGCAGAUGAUGAUGGGCGCCGGCUCGUGUCCCAGCGGCUGCACCCAGUGCGACCACCAGAAAUACGGCCUGGCGAUGGCGCUCUCGAGUCUGGGCCCUAUGCCGCCGCCGUCGUUGUCGUACCAGUCGUCGAUGGGGGGCGGAAGACCCUACGUCUGCAACUGGGUGGCCGGCGAGUCCUACUGCGGCAAGCGGUUCUCCGCCUCUGACGAGCUCCUCCAGCAUUUAAGGAGCCACACCAACCUCGGCGGCGGUGACCCCGCGACCUCCUCGGCCAGCCUCAUGACCGCACCGCCUCACGCUCACCCGCUCCUCUCGCCCUCCGCGGCCCUUCACCGCGCCGCCGCCGCCGCCGCCGCCGCCUACCCAGCGCCGUCCCUCAGCCCCCUCAGCGCCAGGUAUCACCCCUACGGCAAGCCGCCGACGGGACCGCUGCCGGCUUCUCUCGCCGCAUCUCCGUACAGCGCUUUCAACGCUCUGGGACCCUACUAUUCGCCCUACGCGAUAUACGGACAGAGGAUUGGUGCCGCGGUUCAUCAGUGAAUUUUAAUUGUCGAUUCUUCGUUACCAGUGGGUGGUUAACUGUAAAUACCAACUUUUCGUUGUCGGUUUUACUUAUAUAUAUUUUUUAUUUUCCUGUCUUCUCUCGCUAGUUACAAGCUGCUGUCCAGCGGUGGGCGCAGUUCUGUUUCACGAAGCGCCGAAUCAGACGUUGUUGAAAUACUUCGAGUUUAUCAUGUACUGUAUAUAUAUGUAUAUGUAUAUAUAUAUACACAUGCAUACAUACAUACAUACAUAUAUAUACAUACAUGGUAUGUGGAUAAUUCGUGAAUUAACAAUAUUUUACGUUGCGACGUUACAUUGCAUUAUCGGCGCAACUAAUCGUAUAGUUAUAUUGAUGGGACAAAGUACCAUCCGUGUGCGUAAGAAUCUUACAUUUGUAUUAUACGUUUAUUAUUGUUAUUAUUAUUAUCAUCAUCAUCAUCAUUAUUAUUGAGUAAUCUCGUUACGCCAUUAAUUGUAUAGAUAUAUGACAUUGCGUGAGAACACUUGAUCUAUGCGACGGCUAUGCCACUAUUGUUACUACUACCAUUACUAAAUAAUAUUGUGUUACCCUCACUUUAUUUUGACAACUGAAACCAAUCGGCUUGAUAGCUUUGCGAUUUACGGGAUUGACGGCUGAGCUCGGGAACUGUGGAGAGAGUGAGUGUUCCGCUCCAAUAUCGUAGUGCUGUUCCCUUGCUUUUUUUUUUUCUCAUUUUAUUUUCUUUCCGUUUCAAACAAUCAAUCACCCCGCAUAACGUUAUUCGCUGAGUUUGACAUGUUCUCUGCUGUAAAGUGCGCGUGUGUUGUAUAAUUUUCUUCGAAUUUUCGUUUUUCUAUGUUGGUCUGUUUCGUCCUAGAAAAAAAAAAUUCGUAAUUAUACAUACAUUGUAGAGAUGUGUUGUGUAUAUAAUGGAGCAAAUAUGGGGAAGAAAUUUGAAAUCGACUAUUGCGCGACUGUGUUUACAUGAUAUACGUUCACACACGUGUGUAUACGUGUAUAUAUAAAUACAUACAUAUAUAUACAUAUAUAUACAUAUACAUAUAUGUACAUGUAUAUACAUAUAUAUAUGUACUUCACGCGUAUGCAAUUCAAUGUCCAUAAUAUAAACUGUGAUAUUAUAUUAUUCUUCGAGAGUUAUUCAUAUUAUAAAUAAUAAUUAUCAUGUAUGUGUAUAUACAUAUAUAAAUGCGUGCACAUACAUUCAUACACGUAAUAUUUUGAAGUGAAAGAAAUACAGUGAAAAUCACAAAAAAAAAAAGUAUAACAAUGAAUAUAUGUAUAUACAUACACGUAUAAAUAUUAAUAUUGUAAUGUUUUUCAAAGUUUAUUAUUAUAUACCUGUAUAAUUUUAAUCAUUUCCGGCCCGUUAUCUCAAUACAUACUUACAUAUAAAUACAUUUAUCCGUGAAAUGCGUACGUAUAUAAUACCACAUUUUGCAGUUGUGUACCAAUUCUGACUCGUCUGUAUAUUAAUUACUAUAGUAUGUAAUGUUCGGUGAAGAAAACUUGGAAAAAAAAAAUCAUGGAUUUCAUGAUUCACGCGUGAAAUAUCAGUAAUUAAACGAUAAUGAAACUUA